AUGAAGCAAGACGACUUCAGACAUCUAGUGAAUCAAGCUGGACAAGCACAUCCAAAUAAGCCACAUCGGACCUCAAAGUCGACGUCUGCUGUGCGAGCUGGUUUGCUGCCAAGAACUGUCGCAAAGCAUUCUGCAUCACGCGAAAACCCAUUUGGAACCGCGGGAGAUGCAUCAUUCAAGAAACCAGCCCAAGGGCCAAGCUCCAAGAAUCCACGAUAUAAUGUUGUUCGUCACGCAGAAGCUUCGACUCCAGAGGAGAUUGUGAAGCUCAAAUUGGCACUGGAAGCUAAGGAAAUUACGUACGAAGAGUAUGUCGACCGAGUCGCCCGUGUGAACAUAUCUGGCGAUCUUGUUGAAGCUGGCAAAGCAAGAGGUCUAGAUCGACAACUUCUUGCUCGAGUCAAAGCUGGCGAAGAUGUCCUUGCUUCUCCGUCGGUCACUUCUGCGGAAGAAACUGUUCUUCAGAACGAAGAUCCAAAGAAAAUCGAAGAUCCAGUGGAUGAGGAAGCUGCGCUGGAGGCGGCUUUCGAUGAGACCCUGAUGAGCACACAAAAGCAAGAGGCAGCAACCACUGAUGCCGGCCCACUGAAGCAUCGUGAUGCUCUUCUGCUCAAGUUGAGACAAAGAGCACCCGAGAGCGCCAACAAUGCCGCUGUAACAAUGGCCAGCAAACCCAGCAAGUUUCGAUCCAUCACUGUAGGUCCGACAACUGAAGUGAUUGAAAAGGACGGCCAGAAGAUCAAGAUUGUCAGAGACGCAUCUGGCAAAGUGAUCAAGCGCCUCGUGAAAAAGGUACAGAAGACGAAAUCUCAGAAGCCAGCUGCAAUGGAAAAGGUCGUCGACUCCGAAAAGCAGAAACCGACCGCUCCAGCGGAAGUCACAGUAGCAAUUCUUCCUCCAGCGGAUGACGAGGACAUCUUUGCAGAUGCAGGCGAAUACGAUCCCUUCGCCAUAGACCCAAAUGCUCCCAUCAAGCCAAUCAAGGGCAAGCUUUUCGCGGACAUUCAGGAGGAAAUCAUUGACGCGAGUCCCGUGACGGCCGCGAACUUCCUCGAGCAGAACAAAGACCGGCUGAUGGAUGCACAAGCUCUCACUGCGAAGCAACCGUCUUCCAAUAGUGCCAAAGACAUUACAGAAGAGAAGCGCAUCCAAGCGGGUUUCGGCCUAGUCCUGGAUGCUGAUGCGUAUGAUGGAGGCCCUCAGCGGUGGUAA